AAAGUGAAUUGUCACUGAAAUAUCUAGGUAGAAAAUUGUUUAAUGGCGGUAGUUUAUUUACUGGAUACCGCUAUUAUCUGUUAUUUAUUUAAUAGAUGUCGGAAUUUUUUGAUAAACAAACAAUUUUUGAAGAAUAAAAUCAACUCUGACAGUAAAUUUAUUAUCCAAAAACUUCCCUUUCGAAGUCAAACGAACAAAAACUACCAAGUCUUGUGAAAAUAAUUUAGUAUAUCUGUUUGAUAAAGCGGUAAAAUAAUUUAAGGUUAGAAUUUAAUUUUUGGUAUAAUUAUGAGCAAAAGUAAAAAGACUUCUCCUGAACCUGAUGCGGAAGAAGCGAUCGAGGAAUAUACUGUUGAAAAAAUUAUCGAUAGUAGAAUAAAUGAACGUGGCGUAAAAGAAUACUUAUUGAAAUGGAUUGGAUAUGAUGAUAAAGACAACACUUGGGAACCAGAGGAAAAUUUAGAUUGUCCAAGUCUGAUCAAACAGUAUGAAAUGGACAAAAUGGCCAAAGAAAAAGAACGAAACAGUAAAAAACGAAAAAUAGAUGAAAAUUUCAAACGGGGUAAAGAUGAUAAAAAAGUUCAGGGAUUCGACAGAGGAUUAGAACCGGAAAAAAUUAUUGGAGCCACAGAUAGUGCAGGACCACUUAUGUUCCUCAUGAAGUGGGUCGGUACAGACGAGGCUGACUUGGUGCCAGCAAAACAAGCAAAUGUUAAGUGUCCACAAGUUGUUAUUAAAUUUUAUGAAGAAAGACUAACAUGGGCUGCGCCUUCUUCAGAAGAAACCAAAAGUUAGUUGUGCCAACUUCAUUUUUUUAAUUUAAUAUUGUUCCUAGUAUGUUCAUAUAUUUACCUAUUUGAUGAUUUUCUUUGAUAAAAGACAUUUUGAUUAUCA